UAUAAGCCACAACUAUCAAAUAUUCUAGACUAGAAAAUAGAAAUCUUGAAAUGACUACUACUGCUACAAUAAUGCAGUGAUACAUUACUUUUGGAUGGAUGAAACUGUAUUUAGUUGGACGUAAGACAAACAUUCAAUCAUCGAACUUUGAUUUUAUACUAAAUAUAAAUUUUUAUACUCCCGAAUUCGGAGUUCAUUUGGCAACCAUAAGAGUUAAAUUAACUUAACGUUACUUAAUUAUUAUUUUUAUUAUUUAGCCAAUAGAUAGACGUGUUAAAUUACGAUUAUGUCGUGUCCAAUUAAAUAUCCUCGUCAAGUAUUACAACGAGUCAGUGACCGUAAAAAAAGGAAACUAGCUAUUGACGAUUCAGAUGAAAUAGCGUUAAACCGUAAUUUAGAUUUGUUCAUUGACUCUGAAUUAGAAGUGAUUGAAGAUUCACAAGCAUCGUUAAAGGGACAUAGAGACUUAUUUGGUGAACUUAUACCACAAGAUGAAUUUGUCAGUAAUGCGGAUAAUAAAAACAAAUCAAAUAAAAAAACACCAAUAUCAAAGAAAAAGAAAAGAUUAAAUGAAGAAAAUAUAAUUGACAGUCCAGUAAUAAGACCAAAAAGGGUGUUUAUUCCUACCCCAAAGUUUAUGAAAUUAAUGAAGGAGGCGCAAACAGAAUUGUACUCCUUAAUGGGUGUCAACAAGAGUUCAAGUGAUGUGUCAAUUGUAACAAAUGAUAGUCUUAAUGUCAGUGGAAUUCAAAAUUUAGAAGAUAGUCCUAUAACAAGUAUAAUAAAUGAGUCUAAAAGUAAUUCAAAGAAUUCGGUAAUUAAUACACAUAACUCAACUAAUACSGAUAAUGAUAAGGAAUCUCGACGAAUUUUUGAAGGAGUUGUUGCAUUUGUUGACUACAAAAUUGACAACGAUCGCAGUGCUUCAAGUAUUAUUCAAUGUCUCAUUGAAUUGGGUGCCAAAGUUGAAAAAACAUUCAAUCAAAAAGUUACUCAUGUGAUGUUUUGCGAUGGCUACCGUAGUACAUAUAAUAAAGCAAUCAAACGCAACAUCCCACUAGUAUCAGCGAGGUGGAUGGAAUACAGUAAAUUAGCUAAUAAGAUGUUGGAACCAAAAGACUAUCCUCCAGUCGAUAUGGAAAAAUACACAAAAUCAACACCAGUAAAAAAUAUUAAUAUUCCAAUUAGUCAAUCAUAUAAAAAAUUUUUAAGACCAAGUAAUAUUGAACGUGACCAAAUGUUUAAAUCCAAAUGUGAUAAAAUUAUGGAAAGAUUUAACAACUUAAAUAUGAACCAGAAUAAUGGAGACGAAGACUAUCUUAUCGUUGAGACUCCCAAAAAAACUAAUGCAAUCAAAGAUGAUCCUUGCAGAACAAAUGAUAUUGUCAAUAUGUUAUCUGAUCAAUUAUGUAAAGUAUUAAACAAAAUUGAUAGCCCACUACCAGAUGAUCAAAUUGAUGAGCUAUAUAUACCAAUGUCACUUAAACUAUUAAGAAAAUAUCUCACACCUAAUGGAAAGGAAAAUACAUCUUCUACAGAACUAGAUAGUGAACUGGCUAAAAUUGAAGAUCGGCUAAAUUUGAAUGCUCAUGCUAGACAAAGAUUUCGUAAGCUAUUAUUUCCUCCCGAUAAUAAUUUAAAUAACAUGAAUGAUGUCAGUGAUUUCCCAUCACCAUCACCUGAAAAAUUAAGAAUUAGUGCUCCUUCUAGAUUAAUUAGUACAAAGAAACGAAAAACUAUGUGUCAUAAUGAAUUAUUACCCAAUACCAAAAUCUUAAACAGUAAUAAAAUAACACCAUCACAAAAAAAUGUUAAUAUUAAUCCCUCAAAGUGGGAAAUACCUUCAGAUCUACGUCCUAAAAAAACUAAAAAAAUCACUGUUCAAAAAGUAAAAAGUGUGAAAAAAACUCAAACCAAAGACAUAACUUCUAGUUUAGUGUCCAGAAAGUCUUCUUCAAUUUUCCAGACUCCAAAAGCAUCUUUAGCUAGCCCUGUAAUAUUGCAAUCAAUUGCAUGUAGUGGAAUGACAAAAAGUGAAACAAGCAUUUUAAAGUCAUGUAUACAAGACUUAGGAACAUUUMUUUUUCAUUCUAAGGUAGAACCUUCAACCACUUAUUUAAUUACCAAAUCACAACCAAAUCGAACAUUGAAUAUUGUAUUUGCAAUGGCUUAUGGAUGUUUCAUUGUUUCUGAAGAUUGGGUGCACGAAUCACACAAAAUUGGCAGGUGGCUAUCUCAUCAUCAAUAUUUGAUCUCAGAUUUGUCUGAACGUGUCAAAGAAUUUCAAAUACGUCGUCAUACAUUUGGGUCAUUGAUAACGUUUCAAAUAUUUGAUAAUGUUGGCAAGAUAUAUGUAUCAAAUACCUGUGAUCCCCCCGCUCAGCUUUUAAAACGACUGGUACGUGCAUGUGGUGGCCACUGUACAAACACUGAGACUAAGGCCAAUGUAGUGGUUGGUUAUACACCACAAAUGAAUGAUAAUAUUCACGAAAAGUGGAUUUUGGAUUGCAUAACCCAAGGGAUAUUGCUAAAUAAAAAUCAGUAUAUGAUAGCUAAUACUAAUGACAAUAUAACCUGAAAUAAUUUUCAUACGUAUUGGCCUUUGAUAACAUUUUCUUUUGUUAAUUCUUAAAACUAAUCUUUAAUUCUUUAAACAUUAURACUAUUUCACAUUAAAAUGUUAAAAUAUCUUUUUAUCAUAAACCAUUCUGA